GUUGUCAAGUGAGAGAAUGGGCAAGUGAAUGUAAACAAAAUCCAAGUAUUUUUCUUGAAAUAAAUGAAAUCAUUGGCUUCUUUUUUUUGGUUCAUGUGCUGCGUGAAAUAGAAAGCUUCCGACCAUCAAAUUCUCUAAUCCGCACCCAAUCUUCAAGAAACCGAAAGAAUGGCACAACAAGGUUCCCUGGAAGAUUUCUUGGCCGCAGCGGUGGACGCUGCCAAGAAAGCUGGAGAGAUUAUUCGUUCUGGGUUCUACGAGACUAAGCAUGUGGAGCACAAAGGCCAGGUGGAUCUGGUCACCGAGACAGAUAAGGCCUGUGAAGAACUUGUAUUCAAUUUUCUCAAACAACGAUUCCCUGACCAUAAGUUCAUUGGGGAAGAAACCACUGCUGCUUGUGGUGCCUCUGAAUUGACUCAUGAACCAACUUGGAUUGUUGAUCCUCUGGAUGGGACAACUAACUUUGUACACGGGUUUCCAUUUGUAUGUGUAUCUAUCGGGCUCACAAUUGAACAAGUUCCAACAGUCGGUGUGGUUUAUAACCCAAUAAUGGAUGAGCUCUUUACUGCCAUUCGUGGGAAAGGUGCUUUCCUCAAUGGAAAACCCAUCAAAGCAUCUUCUCAAACUGAACUGGUGAAGUCCCUUCUUGUCACAGAGGCUGGCACAAAGCGUGACAAGCCCACUUUGGACGCCAGUACAAAUAGGAUCAAUAGCUUACUUUUCAAGGUUAGGUCCCUUCGAAUGACUGGCUCUUGUGCAUUAAAUCUGUGUGGGAUUGCAUGUGGAAGGCUUGAUCUCUUCUACGAACAAGGUUUUGGUGGCCCUUGGGAUGUAGCAGCUGGAGCUGUAAUUGUAACCGAGGCUGGAGGACUUGUAUUUGAUCCCUCUGGCAAGGAUUUCGAUAUCACCUCUCAGCGUGUGGCAGCUUCAAAUCCUUUACUAAAGGAUGCAUUUAUCGAGGCAUUGCGACAGUCGGAAUAGGGAAACUUCACACCAGUUAAGUUUCAUGCUACUUUCUGAAAGCAUUAUGCUGAGACCUGUUGUAACAUUAAAGAGCAUUGCUAUUGGGAGUACAUGUAUUCGCCGAUUCUUCUUCUUGGCUGAGGCCUAGAGCCAUGCCAUACUAUUACUUGUAUAAAUCAAUAAGGCUACAAUUCUUCAUGGUAUUUCUCAACUCUGGUUGAUUCCAGAUUUUA